GGCGGCUGCAGCAGCAGGAGAGAGCGGAGGCGAGCGGGCGGCGGACUCCAUGGAGAGCGGCGGACGCCCGGGAAGAGGCGGCGCUUCCUCCCCGGCACCCGGGUUCCAGUGACCGGCGCUCGCGCCCUGCAUCGCGUCGGAACGGCCGCCGGCUCCGGGACUGACCCGGCCUCGCUGCUCUUCCCCGCGCCGCCGCCUCGCCUUCUUGCUCCCCGACUCGCCCUCGCCCCCACUCCCCGACCGGGUGGCGGCGGCCAGGCCCCCGCGGCGGCGGCCGGAGCAGCAGCGGCAGCAAGAGCCCGCCUCUAUGAUGAAGUUCAAGCCCAACCAGACGCGGACCUAUGACCGCGAGGGCUUCAAGAAGCGGGCUGCGUGCCUGUGCUUCCGGAGCGAGCAGGAGGACGAGGUGCUGUUGGUGAGCAGCAGUCGGUACCCAGAUCAAUGGAUUGUCCCAGGAGGAGGAAUGGAGCCCGAGGAGGAGCCUGGCGGUGCUGCCGUGAGGGAGGUUUAUGAAGAGGCUGGAGUCAAAGGAAAAUUGGGCAGACUCCUGGGCAUAUUUGAGCAGAACCAAGACCGAAAGCACAGAACAUAUGUUUAUGUUCUUACUGUCACCGAAAUAUUAGAAGACUGGGAAGAUUCUGUUAAUAUAGGAAGAAAGAGAGAGUGGUUCAAAGUAGAAGAUGCCAUCAAAGUUCUCCAGUGUCAUAAGCCUGUACAUGCCGAGUACCUGGAAAAACUAAAGCUGGGUUGUUCUCCAACCAAUGGAAAUUCCACAGUCCCUUCCCUUCCAGAUAGUAACACCCUGUUUGUAACUGCUGCACAGACCUCUGGGCUGCCAUCUAGUGUAAGAUAGAGAGAAUUGGAAGGACCUCUUCCACCAUGUGCAGUCUCGUGGGCAGAGGCUUUAUUAUCCUUGGCAAACAUCUGAAUGACGCUUGCAAACUGUCUGAAUUUGCCAUGCAGGAUUUUCAAACAAUCUGCAUGUUUUUCAGAUGCUCUGAAAUCUUCUUUAAAAAAAAAAAAUAGUGUAAAAUAUUUUAAUAAGCCAAAGCCAUGUGGAAUUUUUUUUAGAUGCCUUAACUCUGCCCCCAGCCCACCCACCUUAUUAUUUUGGUUGGCAUUUUCACAGCAUUUUUUUUUUUCAGUUUUUUGUCCAUUUGAUGUCAGUCUGUGGUUUUUGUCAGAUCAGCUUAUUCGUGGGUAUAUUUUUCCCCUAAAUUGUUUUCUCAUUCACAGUAUUAACAUAUUCAACAAAUCCUUCUGUUGUGG